CGGAUCCUCCCUCCCCUCCGGACUCCCUGGGGGGGGGAGGCUCCCGGUGCCAAUGUGCCCGACUCUGAGCCCAGGCUUCCCAGAAAGUCUGCCCCGGGACUGCAGCAACAUCACCACCCUGCGGACGGACAGCAACCCCACCCUGAGCUCCUUCAUGUUUGCCGCCGGGGUGGUGGGCAACGUGGCGGCCCUGGCCAUCCUGGGGGUCCACCGGAAGGAGCAGCGCGCCAAGACCUCCUCCUUCUGCAUCCUGGUGACCGGCCUGGCAGUCACUGACCUGGUGGGCACCUGCGUGGUGUCUCCGGUGGUCUUUGUGGCCUACUCCUGCAACUCCACCCUGGUGGGCAUGGUGGGGGGCAGGGACUGGCUCUGCGACCUCUUUGCCUUCUGCAUGAUGUUCUUCAGCCUGGCGGCCAUGUUCCUCCUCUGCGCCAUGGCCGUGGAGCGGUGCCUGGCCAUCAGCUACCCCUACGUUUACUCCCAGCACCACAUCCGCAGGUGGGUCAGGCUCUCCUUGCCCGCCAUCUACACCUUCAGCGGCCUGUUCUGCGCCUUGCCCUUCCUGAAGGUGGGCAAAUUCAAGCAGUACUGCCCGGGGACCUGGUGUUUCGUCCAGAUGGACAAGGACAUGGUCCUGGGCUACGAUGUCGCCUUCUCCUUGUCCUAUGCCACCGUCAUGGCCCUCCUGAUCGUCGCCAUCUUCCUCUGCAAUGGCCUGGUCAUCCUCAGCCUGUGCCAGAUGUACCAGAAACAGAAACAGCGCCGGAGGGGCUCCAUCAACGCCAGCCAGCGCCGCCGGAAGAGCUGGUUCAGCCGCGGGGAGGAAGAGGUGGACUACCUGAUCUUGCUCGCCCUUAUGACAGUCAUCUUUGUCAUCUGCACAUUGCCCCUCACAAUCCGAGCCUAUAUUGGUGGCAUCGAUCCAGACCACAGGGAGGCGGAUGACAUGAUCGCCUUCCGCCUGAGCGCGCUCAACCCCAUCGUGGACCCCUGGCUCUUCAUCAUAUUCCGCCACGCUGUCUUCCGCAGCGUCCGCAGCUUCUUCUGCUCCCAGCUUAGCUGGCCCUGCUGGUUUCGGCCACCGAAAGGGACCACCACGCUCAGAACGCAAGACAGCCUCCCGUGCCAAGCCCAGUCGUCCUGCUGAGGCGGCCCUGGCCCAA